ACGAGAUUUAACCCUCACUUGUUUACAGGUGGCGCUUUGCAAAACGAAAAUACGACGAACCGCCACCAACAUUUUGGUGGACUAAUCUUUGAAUCGACGGAAUCUGCCGUCAUUAUAUCUUGAAAGAUGGUUGUUGGAAAGAGUUCCAAGAUGCUGCAGCACAUCAACUACCGGAUGCGCUGUACACUGCAGGACGGUAGAACAUUUGUAGGAACUUUUAAAGCUUUUGACAAGCAUAUGAACCUCAUUCUUGGUGACUGUGAUGAAUUCAGGAAAGUUAAACCAAAGACAGCUAAGUCGGGGGAACGGGAAGAAAAGAGAAGUUUGGGCUUGGUCUUGUUAAGAGGGGAACAUCUUGUCUCGAUGACUGUUGAAGGUCCACCACCGUCUGAAGAAGGCAUGUCAAGAGUUCCAUUAUCAGGGGCUGCACCUGGCUCAGGUGCAGGGCGUGCUGCAGGACGUGGUGUACAGAGUGGACCGGGAGGAGCUGCACCGGGUCUCCAAGGACCAGUAAGAGGAGUUGGUGGUCCUUCACAGCAAAUGAUGAAUCCACAAGGAGGAAUGAAUUACAGAACAGCAGGUAUGAUGCGAGGUGGCAUGAUGGGUGGCCGAGGUGGAGGACCACCACCAGGUAUGAGAGGACCACCCCCAGGCAUGAUGAGAGGACAAGGACCAAGAUUUUGAGCUGACUAUGGAUAGGUGUUGUUCCAGUGUUCCAUGUAAAAAGUGACUAUUGUGCUGAAAAGGCAGCUCUACAGGGAAUUCAUUCCUGGACCUUAACAAAGAUAUGCUUACAAUAUUUGAUGCAGCAGGACUUAAUUGCUGCUAAUUGGGAGGGUAUGAUGGGGAAAUAGCUGCAUAAUUGGAUGGCUUUAGAUCAAAAUUUUGCAUCUGUGCUGUUAAUUACACACAUUCUUCUUUGUCACAAAAAGUUCUCUUGAAGUGAUUUUCAGUGUAAACAUCCUUCUUGAAUACGGUGUAAACAUUUUAAGUUAAAGAAUAUUUUUAGGAAGUUUAAGAUAUUUAUUUAAGCAUAAUGGCACUUGUAAUUUGAUUUGUAAAUCCAUUGGGGCACAUAAUUGUGGGAUGAUGAAAUUUUGUACCUUGUUGGAAAAUUAAGGCAUUGAAGUAACACUGCUUUACCCGUAAAACAGUACUAGAGUACUGUUGGUUAAAAGGUAGUGUAGGGAAUCAUUUUAACAUUAUUUCAUUUCAUUUUAUUUGUCGUUUAAAACAUUUGUGUGUCGUAAAAUCAUGUCAUUAAAAGUUGAUUUUAUACA